AAUCGCUUCCUAUCGAACUUCCAUCUUCUUUCUCGACCGAACUGCUUCCAUCUUCUUCUCGAUCAACACAGCUUUAAGAGUUUGAAUGUCUGAAGAGGGGAUGGAAGAGACAAACUUGUCUGGCUCUAGUGACAAAAUAGAAAGAGAAGCUCCGCAACUAGUUACAGUAUUGAAAGAUAUAAAGGGUGGGCUUGAUGAUCUGAGAGCUAAAGUUCAAGUUUUAACUUCAAAGGUAAAGUUGGGUCUUUAUCCAACAGCAGAUGGGAUCAGCUAUCUUGAGGCCAAACAUUUGCUUCUUUUGAAUUACUGCCAGUCGCUUGUAUAUUAUUUGCUUCGCAAGGCGAAAGGACUUCCAAUUCAGGGACACCCUCUUGUUCACAGUCUUUUAGAAACAAGAUUGUUUUUGGAGAAGAUACGCCCAAUUGAUAAGAAGUUGCAAUACCAAAUUCAGAAACUAACAAGAUUAACUGGGAACUCAAUGGAGGAUGCGGUUUCAGAUGACAAGAAACCAGAUGCAACUCGUGAAGCAGAUGAUUCAUUGAAGCUUCGUCCAAACCCUGACAUGCUUAUGAACAAAGUUACUCCGGAUGAUGGUGAUGGCAAGUAUCGACCCCCAAAGAUUGCGCCAGCAUCAAUGGACGAAAGUAAGAGCUCAAGACAGGAGAGAAAUGUGUCAAGAAAAGAGAAACAAGCCUUCCGGCAAGCUCUACAGAGCGAAUAUGCUAGAGAUUUAAUGAAUGAUCUUGAGGGAAGGCCUGAGGAGGUAAGGGAGGUUGUUGGAACCGAAGACAGAGAUGUGACGAGAUAUAAGGCAAAGAUGGAAGAGCGUGCAAGGAGGGAAGAGGAGCUUUUCACACGUGCUCCUCUUACAAGUAUGGAAAAGAAGAAGCUGAAACAUAUGCGAAAGUCAAGAAAUGGGCUGCUUGGUCUAGCUGAUAGUUUCUAUGAUGAUAUUAAAUCCUUACCUCUAGAGGAGGGUGUUGGUGGGCAAACGGCGUCUUUUAUGGAGGAUUCAAACGCUGGAGAAAGGAAGUUCAAGAAACACAAGAGAAGGCAUUAGAGAUCUCAACUCAGAAGCUACAAACAAAGCAGCAUGAGACAUGGAAUGCUUAUUAUCAAAUGGAUCUUAUAUAUAAAUCUUUAUUAGGUCUUGUUUGUCUUUUCCAAUUCUUAAACUAUAUGCUUAUCUCUACAGAUUCUUUUCUC